CGGCCCGCGAGGUCACCCUGCCGCUGCUGCGUGACGUAACCAUCAUCAGCCGGCGCUACGCCUGUUACGGCAAGCUGUGGAUCCAGUCGCAGGGCUUCCACCCGGACGCCUUCGUGCAGAUGGCGCUCCAGCUGGCCUACUACCAGCACCACGGACGGGCGGCGCCCACGUACGAGACGGCCACCACGCGCCGCUUCUACAAGGCGCGCACGGAGACGGUGCGCUCGUGCACGCCCCAGGCGCUGGCCUGGUGCCAGGCCAUGACCUCCGACUCGGCCCUGGCGGACGACCGUCGCCGGCUGCUGCGGGCGGCGGUGGACCGUCACGCGGACCUGGCGCGCCAGGCGGCCGAAGGUCACGGCUGCGACCGUCACCUGCUGGGCCUGCAGAUCCAGGCGGCUGAGGCCGGUCUGCCCACACCGGAGAUCUUCACCGACCCCAUGUGGAAGCGCAGCGGCGGCAGCGGCAACUUCGUGCUGUCCACCAGCACCACCGGCUACACGCCCUGCUUCGGCGUGACGGCGGCCAUGGUGCGCGACGGCUACGGCUGCUUCUACUCGAUCGAGCCGGACCGGCUCAACAUCAACAUCGCCGGCUUCGUCAGCAGCCAGGAGUGCGACGUCAACAAGUUCUACGGCUGGGUGGAGGCGAGCCUGAACGCCAUGCAGCAGCUGAUGCUUUCCAAGUCCAACCUCUGAUGUGCUCGGGGUUCUGUCCCCGGGUACCGCAGCCGUGCCUGUGGCCCCGUGGAGAGCGGGCCUCGCGUCCGGCUCCGACGCGCGAGCGGUGCGGGUGUCGGGCCGGGCCGCAGCCGCGCCUGUGACCCCGUGGAGAGCGGGCCUCGUGCCCGGCUCCGGAGCGGUGCGGGUGUCGGGAC